CGACGAGGACGAGGACAACAACAACAACAACAACAACAAUAACAACGACGACGACGACGACGACGACGACGACGACGACGACGACGACAACGACGACGACGACAACGACAACGACGACGACGACGACGACGACGACGACGACGACGGAGGUGACGGUGGAAGCGACGACCAGAGCCGCGCGUAUUUUCCGGUAAGUCGGAAAAGAUCGGUGCUGAUCGGACGCUUCGAGUUCGUCGGAGAGGGUUGUGCAAAGUGUACCAGCUGAAACAAGAGGAAGGAGAAACAGAUGGACGGAAGAUAUUCUUGUGAUUCGGUGAAAGGAAAAGAAGAAAAGAAAGAUUAGUAAUAAAAUAAAAAAUAAAUAGAAAAUUGUCAGUGAAUCUCUUCCUCUCUCUUCUAUUUCUCUCUCCCCGUCUUUCUCUCUCUCUCUCUCUCUCUCUUUCUCUCUCUCUCCCAUCAUAUCCGUCGUUUCGCGAGGAUCCGACGAUCGGGCGGGGCGCUGCUGGUGAAAGCGGCCUCCAAGGGGCGGCAACAAAAACAGGCCGUUCGCAUUCGAGGGUGAGGAUGGACGGAGUGAGAGAUACGUAAAGAUAUAGAGAAAGAGUGAGAGGAAGGGCAAAGGGUGAAGUGCGAAGUGAGGUGCCGAGGUGGUAGAGGAGGAGAACGUGAGAGACAGAGAGAAAGGGAGAGAGAGAGAAGGGCGGUGGGGAUUGGAGGGGGUAAGAGCAGCCGCGAGGGGGCGCAAGGCAGACGCAGCGAGAGAGGAUAUUGACAUUUUCGGCCGUGGGGACGCGCAUUCGUGAGGGUGGCCAAGAGGGGUACGGGAUAGUCGGCUCUCCGUCCGAUCCUGCAGUAUCCAUGGCUACGCCGUCGGCGAGGAUUUGGCGCAAAACACCGGAAAUACCGUGUGCAUGACUACGCUUACGACGGUGGAGUGCGUACAGAGAGAAAAACUGCGACGGCGAUCCUCGACGGCAUCGACCACUUCGGAGAUCGUCAUUCGCCAAUCGACGUGAUCAUGCCAGAGAGAAGCUGAUGAAUUUCGACGAUCGCAAUGAUGUGACAAUAAAGAUACCUCUUUCUAAUCUCGAUUAUUUCGGGGAAUUGUCCCUGUUAUAUAGUGCUUCCCAAACUCAUACCAUAAAGAGAACACGAAGAUCGCGAAAACCACCGGAAACGGUAUUUCGAAACUGGUGCCAAAAGUCGACAGACAAGCCAAGUGAAGUUCGUAUAGUGUGUCAAAAAGAAUUAAAAAGAGACGUCUAACGAAGGAGACGUAUAACGAAGUAAAAUAAAUUACAAAAAACAAUAACAGAUAGAAAGGAAGAGAAGAGAACAUACAUAUAAAUAUACAUAAAUAAGAGAUCGUUUGUCGUUGGAAAAAAAAAAAAGAAAAAAGAAGAAAAAAGUAACGACGGUGUAACAUAACGAUUAAUAAAAAAGACAAAGGUAAAUUUAAUAAAGAGAGAAAUAAUUGGUUAGAGAGUAAAAAAAGGAUAGGAUCGCGAGAAAGGUGUGGUAUUGAGUGGAGGUGGAGAGACGUGAAAGAGGAAUUAGAAAAGGAGCGAUAGAAUGGGCAACAAGCUGUCCUGCAGUUGCGCUCCUCUUAUCAGAAAGGCAUAUCGUUACGAGGAUUCCCCAUGGCAGACCGGAGCCAGGGGUGGAAUCGGCGGCGGUGGAGGGCGCAGGGGUGAUACUGGCCACUUGCUCAGGUGCGGAAGCUUAAGAGAGAGGAAGAGGCUAUGGGCCGAAGUUUUCCAUGUGAGUGCCAGCGGAGCCGGGACUGUUAAAUGGCAGCAGGUCUCGGAGGAUCUAGUUCCUGUUAACAUCACUUGUAUCCAAGAUUCGCCGGAAUGUGUUUUCCACAUAACGGCAUACAACAGUCAGGUCGAUAAGAUUUUAGACGUGCGGUUGGUACAACCAGGUACGAGGAUCGGUCAAGCGUCAGACUGUUUUGUUUAUUGGAAGGAUACUAUGACAAACGAUACAUGGGGCUUGAAUUUUACUUCCCCCAUAGACGCUAAACAAUUUAGAGAAUGUUGCUCACCAUCGUUCAAGAUUUCAAGGAAAGCGUCCUCUUCUUACUCGUUGAAGCUCGAACCACCGAACAAGCAGAAAAUCAAGACGCGUCGAAAGCCAGUCUCUACUCCUGCAUCGCCUAGCAGAUCCAGAGAACCUCAGUGCACGUGUAUGCCCCCGGAACAAUUUGCCAGAUUACGAAAUCAAGACGCCAGAUAUCGAGGUUCCUGUAGUGCUUCGACGCUUCCAAGAACCAUGGUACGAUCAACGGAAAUAGAACCAGGCCGUGAGAAAAUAACGGCGGCCACAUCGAGCGCGUCGUUGUACGAUAAUGUUAACAACGCGAAUGCAACGCCAGGAAAAACGGCCAAGGGUAGCGAGACGAGUAAGCCGAAGGAGAAACAGAAUGAGACGUGUCAGACAACACCAAAGACCGCGAACGUUGGCAUUGGAACGGUUACUGUUGGAUCGCAGAUCGACAGUCCGGAAGAAAAAGGUUCGACGAUUUCACCAAAGAAGUCACAAAAAAGUCAAGACACAUCCACUCAACAGAACGGUAGUGAAACUUUGAAAUCUGAAGGGACGCAAGCAGGUGGUACGCUUCAAAAUAAAACCUUACGAAAGGAGCAGCUUCAUCACACGAAGUCGGCCGAUUACACAGAAAUGGAGAUGCAGAACGGUAACAUCUUCAAUAUCGUGAAUAACAACAACACCGGACGAAAAUUAAAGAGCAAGAGCACUGACGAUAUGAGAAUCGAGAACGCACAGAAUGGCGGAAUCAGUUUAGAUUCUAAUACGCUGAAGAGAAUGUUGAAACCAAUGUCGAGCAUCGAUAGUCCCGUGACGUCACCCGAAAUGACGAGAAAGAGACAUAGUCAUCAUAGCUAUCAUUAUCACCCGAGUAAUAAUAAUCAGAAGUAUGUUAUGCAGGAGGCAGAAAACGAGAAUUAUUCGCAUCCUUAUCGUGCGCCAUAUAACAACAAGUUUCAAGCUUCUAGAAGUGUUCACGACAUGGGUCAACAAUAUCCUGGCGGCAGAGGCAGGACGUACUUAGAUUCGGAACAUAAUCGGUGCACAGGUGAUAUGUCCCCGCCUUCGGAUAACGUCAUUUUCGAUAAUCAAUGUUACGCGACAACACCGAGUUCUUCCAAUGGUAACUCGGACAUGGAACAACCGAAUCAUUGCAACUCUCGUCGUUGCAACAUCGGCCAGACAUAUCAACAGCAAAAUAUGCAGUCGGUUUCGACACCUGGGAGCCCUACCAGCAGGCUUCUUUUAGAAUACGAAAGACAUCUGAGAAAUACUCUGGCCAAGGGCAUGGAUGCUGAAAGUUAUAGCUUGCGUACAUUUGAGGCUUUGCUGACUCAGAGUAUGGAGAACCUGGAAUUGGCUGAGAACAUCCCUUUGAACGUUCAACGCACACCGCACGUUUCGCGAAGACGAUUGAGUUCGAACAAAUCAUCGACGUUACCGCUGUCGUAUCGUUAUUGUAACGAGAGACAAAACAGCAAAGAUCGGGACGGCUAUUACAGCGAUCGAAACGAGAUAAUAAGGGAAAAGAGAGAACGAGAGGUGGAUCGUGAUCGCGGCUACCUCAGCGAUUACAAUUCUCGAUGCGCCAGCUGUAUCGGGGAAUCGGCACGUGCUCAGUGGUUUAGGCAUUCGGAUGGUUGGCAAUCCGGAAGUUCGACGCUCGGUUCAGGUGCAUCCAGUUCAAUAAAUCCAGGUUAUUCGAGUCAUAAAAGAGAAUCUCCAUGGGACUCAUUGCCCUCCUUGAGACACGAAGGGAGUCUCAACGAUAGCGGCUACAAGUCCAAUCGAACGGAUUCCUUGGAACAAAGAGGUACUUUUGACAGACAGGACAGCGUUCGUUCCGAUUAUAUGUCCGAUAGAGAUGGUAGAUAUGGAAUCGUUCAACAAGCAUCCUUGGAGAGCACGGACUCGAGGCUUUGUUACUUGACGUCUUCGGAGAUGUCGGACGACGACAGAAUGUCUCUUACGACCGCGGUCAGCGACGACGACGAUGGUGAAAGUGUCAUAAAUUCGCCCUAUCGAGGAAAACAAACUGGAACUGCUGCGGCUUCAUUCAAUUGCACCGGUGCAGUUAGGAAAGCAGGUUUCCUCAGCGUGAAGAAAUGGUUAUUACGUAAGAAGCAUCAAAUUGAGCUUGCAAGGAAAAGAGGCUGGAAGGGUUACUGGGUCUGUCUGAAAGGGACCACGCUUCUUUUCUACCCUUGUGAUUCGCAAGAAAGUAGAGCCAUGGAAGCGGCACCUAAGCAUUUAAUUAUCGUCGAUGGUGCUAUUAUGCAGCCAAUUCCGGAGCACCCAAAGAGAGACUACAUAUUUUGCCUGAGCACCGCUUUCGGCGAUGCUUAUCUUUUUCAGGCGCCGUGUCAAGUAGAACUCGAAAACUGGGUGAAUAGCAUACAUUCUGCCUGUGCAGCCGCAUUCGCUCGUCAUCGUGGUAAGACCGGGACUUUACAUCUUCUGCAGGAGGAGAUCUUUCGUUUGGAAAAGGCGAUAGAAUCGGAUCAUAAGAUGAAACAUAUGGCCGAUCUUCAGCAAUCCGUCGUGUCCGACGUCGAGACGAAGCAACAAAUCAACAAUCAAAUAGUACAGUGGGAAGAAAAUCUGGAACGUCUUCAUUGCGAGCAAUUCCGUUUGAGAUGUUAUAUGGCCAGUUUGCAGAGCGGGGAAUUACCUAAUCCGAAGAGUCUACUGACACACGUAUCUCGCGCGACGAAGCAGACGUUGAACAAAUUGGGUGUCUUCACCGUAUCGUCCUUCCAUGCAUUCAUUUGCGCACGAAGUCCCUCAUUAUUGAACAAUUUGUUAGCCGGCCGUGGCGCUACCAAGAGAAGACCACCACUUUUAUCUAGGUCGAACAGCGGAUCUAGUCGAAGGUCACUCCAAAUAUCCUCUAGAGACGAAGAGAAGACUGUUAAAGUAUCCGUGCCGGAUAAUCAGCUUGUUUCGGUUUUUCUACGCGAUGCUAUGACGGUAGAAGAAUUUUUAGCGAGUGCCUGUAACAGAAAGAAUCUCAAUCCGAUGGAACACUUUGUACGGGUGAAGAAACGACGUGACAUGGAGGACCACAAUUAUUUUGUACCACAUAGAACCGAUCUGAUCGAAACUUAUUUACAUACGCACGAGAUCGUCGAGGUCUGCGCAAAGAUCUUGUAUCAGGUGGAAUUGCAAAGGAACACCUUGGAACAAAUGUGGGGCUUCUCCGUGGAGGCCGAACUCAUCGAAAAUUCUGAUCGACAGGACGAGCUUUGCUGUUACGUUAGCAGAGUCGAAGAUAAAAGUGUGGCUAUGCAGAACGGCAUUAUUAAGGGCGAUGAGAUAAUGGUGAUCAACGGUGCAAUAGUAAGUGACUUGGACAUGAUGUAUUUGGAAAGCGUUCUCCAAGAAGAAGUCGGUCUCUGUAUGAUGAUGAGAUCUUCGAGAACCGAACCACCGGAUCUUACCGGCAUCAUGAGAGUCACCGACGAUAUCAUCGAAAGCCUGGUUUGUCCUCCUCCACCAUCCGAUCCACCAGUCAUAAGCGAGGAAAUGAUAUCCGGCCUGAUAGUACCAGCUCCCGGAUGGAGCAAAGAAAGUCUCAUGCAAGAGUGUACGACGACCUCGCACAUAGAAAAUGGCAAGCAAACGUCAAGAACGAAUUCAUUCGAGAUUGAGAAUUUAUUAAAAACGGCGGAACAAGUAACGGGUAUUUGCCGAUCGCCCGGUGAGACCAGAAAGUCGAGUCCCACCGGAAGCGUCGUGAGUACGCAUUCGCAAGCAUUAACACCGAGUAGGCAGCUGAGCGACGCUGAAAAACUAAAGAAAGUGAUAUUAGAACUGAUCGAGACUGAACGAACUUACGUAAAGAAUUUAAACAAUUUGCUGGAAAACUAUUUAGAGCCCCUUAAACGCGAGACCUUCCUAUCGAACGCCGAGAUAAAUGCACUUUUUGGAAAUAUCCAGGAGAUAGUCACGUUUCAACGGCAGUUCCUCCAAAAUCUUGAUCACGCAAUUGAGAUGGAGACGGACUUUAACAGCUUUGAUCAUCCUAGUCAAUUUAAGGGUGUUCUGUUUUCCAUUGGAAGUGCCUUCUUAUAUUACGUAAAUCACUUCAAGCUAUACAGCUCGUUUUGCGCCAGCCAUUCGAAGGCCCAAAAAGUUUUACAUCCAAACGAAGGAAAUCAAGCUUUACAAGAGUUUUUGCAAGCGAGAAAUCCGCGUCAGCAGCACUCUUCGACAUUGGAAUCGUACUUGAUAAAGCCCAUUCAAAGAAUACUCAAAUAUCCGUUGCUUUUGCAACAACUUAGAAAUCUCACAGACGAGCGAAGCGAAGAGCAUCAACAUUUGAUAGAGGCCCUUAAAGGUAUGGAGAAAGUGGCGGAGCACAUUAACGAAAUGCAAAGGAUUCACGAGGAAUAUGGAGCUAUUUUCGAUCAUCUCUUCAGGCAACAUCAAAAAUCUUGCAAACAGCCAAUUGAUUUGAGCCCUGGAGAUCUUUUGUAUUAUGGCGGUGUCGAGUGGUUAAACAUUUCGGACUUUCUUGGAAAGAUAAAGAAAGGCUUGGAAUUGCACGCCAUGUGUUUCGUUUUCAAAUCCGCUGUCGUGUUCCUGUGUAAGGAGAGAUUAAGACAAAAGAAAAAGCUCAUGGGAGUUUCCACGAAAGCGAAUUCCAGCGAGGUGGAAAUAAUUCGUUAUCAAGUUUUGAUUCCCGUUACCGAAGUUCAAGUAAGAGCUAGUUCAGCUAAAGAUAUGGAAUCGCAUUUCCUAUGGGAGUUGAUACAUCUCAGAAGUCAAUUACAGAGAAGAUCGGAAAAAGUAUAUGUACUUUCCAAUAGUACGACGGAAUUUAGAAAUGCGUUCCUAAAGACAAUUCGACAAAUCAUACGAGAAUCGGUCCGAAAUAUGAGCAUUCCUUCGACGAAACAAAAUCUAAAUCAACCACCGAUUACGAUCGCACCUCGAAUGUCGACUGGCCACGUAGAAAAAUUUGAAAAGCAAGCGGCUCAGGUGCAAGGUCAAAAUGGCAAUGGUAACACGAUAGUAGCUACGGGAACGUUGUCGAAAAAAGCUAUAAAACAGCAAUUGUUAAGCAAUUCGCACAAUGCCAAGCGAAAGUACAGUCAUUCUAAGCAAUCGGUGGAGCAUGAAAGUUCGGAAGAUAAAGAUAUGGAGGAAACAGCUAUAAGUCAACAGCAGAUAAUCUUUCGUACGAGAAGCAAGACCAUAAGCGAUACUUCAGGCGAAGUAAAAGUUGAAAUGGACUCGGGGACGAAGUCAGAAGGAGAGGAGGACUCUCAAGCUUUUUUAGGCGAGAAGAAGACUAAUCUGGGCCGUACACCAAAUCAUUUAACAUUGAGCACUACUUCGACCAUUUCCGCAGGUAGUACUGGCAGCCAAGCCAGGCUCAUUCAGUCUUCUCAUCAGCCAGAGAAUUAUCAACCCAUUGCAGUAAAAGAGCUUGGUUCGCCAAUUUGGAAGCCCCGAGAAUUACCGUCGCUCGGGGAGGCGACGACGUUACCAAGAAAGGGUAAGUCGGCCGGCGAGUUCACGGACAUGACCUCGAGCCACAGCGCCUCACGGAAAUCUCUCAUAGAGAUCAGCAAUUGUGCUCAACAAUCUAAUUUUAAUAAUCACGUUUAAGUUUCAAACUAGUCAGGGACUAACUCGUUAAAUAAAGUAUCUGUUAAGUUCGAAUUAUCGAACGAACGAUUACUCUGCUAAUGCAUAAGGCCAGACGAUGACAAGUAAAAGGGUAGAAGAAAAGAGAAAGAUAAAGAAAGAGAAAAUGAGAGUGAGAGGCUGAUAGUAAGAAAGGCUAAGAAACACAUCAAGUUAUCACCAAGGUUAAUUAGCCUGUGAUUUAAUUAUGAAAUCUCGCUCGCCGCCCACGCGGUACGCAUAAACGAAACAAAACGAAGACAUAAUCCGCUCCUCCUACUGCAAAAUGUGGUACACAUACUUCUUCCUUUUUUUCAUUUUGCUCUUCCAAGUAACAACAACGUUAUGUCGUCGGCCAUCUCUCAUCGUCAGUGCCGCACGAUCUUCGCCAUUCCCCCAAAAUACGUACGUAUUUUUACGUAUCACAGUUUACGCAACAUAAAAUGUCCAACAUUAUGUUCCGUAUACACACGUAUUUGAAUAAAAUUCGAUUAGAAUUUUCGUGUUUGCAAUAAGAGAAAUCACGAGAAAAUAAAUCGGUCACUUUUUACUUUACGUCGACAAUUUCUUUGCUCGAUCGUGUUCAUAGAUCGUGUCAUUCGCGAUCCGGUUUCUCUCCGUUUAUUGUCCGACGGCGCGUCCAUCCGUGAUACGGUAUCGUUGCCGCUCGAAAAACAUCAUUAACGUUAAUCACCGUGAACCGAAAAGUAUUCACGGGGAAUGUGAGAAGGAAGCGGAAUAUCAAGCGCCAGCGCGAUAAAUUAUUAGAGCGCGUAAACGCUCUCGCAUCGCAUGCGAGAUUCUUUGUCGUCCCUUUUUCGUUUCCGCACCUACGUUCCUACGUAACAUAUUACUCUGAUAGGGUAACUUCCUUUUUCAAUCGCCGUUAAAGGGAAAAAAGAAGAAAGAAGAUAAAAAAAAGACGAGAUAACACUUCCUUCCACUUUCACGAGUGUUUCUCCGCGUGGACGGCAAAGUGCAGAGCGUCAGCCGAUCGACCCUGUGUAUAUAUUGUAAUGAUGAUGAUGAUGAUGAUGAUGAUGAUGAUGAUGAUGAUGAUGAUGAUGAUGAUGUUCUUACAAUUACAACUUAAUUAUUAUUAUCGUCAUUAUGUAUUUUGUCAUUAUUCUUAUUACUUUUAUCAUCAUCGUCGCUAUUGUUAUUAUUUAUAAUUACUUAUUAUUAUUAUCAUUAUUAUCAUUAUUGUUAUUAUUAUUAUUAUAAUUAUUAGUAUUCGCCAUUGGCAUUAUCGUGAUCGUCCUCACGCCGAUGAUCAUUAUUAUUAUCAUUAUUAUUACACACUAUAACGAAGGACAAGUCUUAAAGAUCUGAGAAAAACGACGAUGUACCGAGUAAUUAUAGCGAUAUAAAAAAUCAAUUAAAAGAAGUCGUAUAUAUUAUAUAUACAAAUAUAUAUAUAUAUAUAUGUAUAUAUAUAUAUGAUUAUGUAUUUGUAUAAUAUAUACGUAUAUAUAGAUAUAUAUAUAUAUAUAUAUAUAUAUAUAUAUAUAUAUAUAUAUAUAUAUAUAUAUAUUAUACAUAUGGGAACUAAGAGGGUUGGGAUAGGGGAAGUUUAUGAAUUUUAUUGUUCGUCGACCACGGUUUCCCCGGGUUAGUUUCGCAAAAAAAAAAACCAAAAAAAUAAAGACAGAAAAAGAAAGAGAAAAGAGGAGAGAGAGAGGGAGAGAGAGAAAGAGAGAGAGAAUAUGCUUUGACUCGCUUUCGAACUCGGACUUCCUCACCGAUAUAGCAGACUUUAUUUUUAACGUUACUUAUAAUAUAUAAAAAGAAAAAAAAAUGAAAUGGUUUGGAUGAACGAGGUCGAAUGCGAAUUUCUUACUGAGCUCGUCGUAAUACGUGAUAAAGGAAAAAAUUAAUAAAUAGAAAAAGAUAAAAAAAAGUAACAAAAGAGAAAAGAAACAAAAGUAAACGAAAGAGAGGAAACAAUCUUAAAGGAGCUCAUAGAAUUUAUUAUUAAAGAAAGAAAGAAAAAAAAAAAAAGGAAAAAAAAGUAAAAGAAAACUGAUAAAUUAAACUGCGAAACGAACGAGCACGAGGAACACCAAAAGCAUCGGCACAGAACUAAACGACAUCUGAUAUAUAAACACGUUGUUAAUGGGUAUUACAAUAAAUUUAAGCCGAUAUCGAAGGAUUAAUUCGUGUAAAUUAGACGACAGAAAGUAUCCACAUAGAUGAAUACCUACAACCAAAAAUAUAUAUAAAUAUAAAAAUACAGAUACACACAUACGGAUACAUAUACGUACAUUCAUAUACACGUUAACAUACGCGUGAAACGAGAUGGAACCAGUCACACACACACACACACACACACACGCAAAUCUAUACGGACUCGUUUCGCGCAAACAUUCUUACUUAUAGACACGCAUACACGUUUAACACAUAACUUGGAUUAAUAGAUGACAUUAAUUAGGGAAAUCGCGCGUGGCACGGCCGAACCGCCGAAUCGAUUCUAUCGAACGAACGAAAUCGCGUGAACUUCUGUGUCGGUAGUAAAUAAAAAAAUUGAGAGAAAGAAAGAGAGAGAAAGAGAGAUAGACAGACAGACAGACAGACAGAGAGAGAGAGAGAGAGAGAGAGAGAGAGAGAGAGAGAGAGAGAGAGAGAGAAAGUAAGAAAGAAGAAACAACGAGCACACCGUGAGGAUUCCUCUGCGAGACAAGGAAAUGUUUCUGUCUGAUAAAUCUCUGUUCGUAUCCCUUGCAAUAUUUGUUUUUACGAAAAAUCUUUAACGUCGAUAUUCGAAUAAACAUAUAUGUGUCGUUGAUUAUGAAAUUGACCUGACGAAAUAAUUAGAAUUAAGACAUAAAAGAAGAUGAACGAUAAACAUGAUUUGUCCAUAUAAUAAAUAUCAAUUUCGACUUCCAAUCAAGAACACUUUCAUAAUUUACCGACAUAUGUUUCGCAAAAUGAAUGAUCCAAUGAUCUAUAAAUUAAUUCGUUGGGAUACGCUACAAGAUUAGAAUUCAGUUCGUUCCUACGAUCGACAGGAGGAAUUCCCCCCAUAUAUAUAUAUAUAUGUAUUAUAAUAAUUCGAGUCCCAUUAAUCCACGUGAUCCGCGUUAUCCUCUGCGAUUUUUUCUUCGAGAUCGUCGAGACUCCGGCCGUACAUACGUCGCGAUAGAUUUCUAUAUGUAGGUAUGUACUACGUUCGAGUUCGUCGUUGCCAGUUUGGUUCUUCUUAACCUUGCCAUGACAAUCGUGCCGAAGAUCGUCAGCCAGUAUUUAACGAUGGACUGGAAUUAAUUAGUAAUUUAAUGGAAUUUGAUAGUACACUUAAUACUCAGACUUUGAUAUAUACUGUCGUCGCACAAUUCGCAAGGUCGAUCUUCCGUUCGAGCGUGGCGAGUAGACUGACGUCAUAGAGACGAUUUUCAUUCUUAUUUCUCUCGUAACUUAAUUAUUAUCACUUUUGUUACGUUCGUCGAAAAUAAAGGAAAAAAUACAAAAAAUAAAAAAAAAAGAAAGAAAGAAAGAAAGAAAGAAAGAGGAAGAGUUAGAAAUAAAAAGUUAUAAGAGAGAGAGAGAGAGAGAGAGAGAGAGAGAGAGAGAAAUUAAAAAUGGGGAGAAAAGCGUUGUUCGACAUUGUCGAUUCGGAUCGUUAUUACAUUAGGAAUUAAAUGAUUGCGCGACAUUGAUGUUUGGAUACGUCACUCGUAAGCAUAAUAUAAUACAUACAUAUAUACAUACAUACAUAUAUAUUAUAUAAGUCGGUCAACAAUGCCGCGCGCGACGAGAGGAGAAAGAAAGAGAGCACGCGAUUAUGUUAGUGUGAUUCGAAGUCGGCCGAUCUCGUCAAAGCGUCUUGGAUAUUAUCUGCAUAGACAAAUCCAGACCAAAAAGGAUUUCUUUUUCUUUAUUAUCCUAUAAUGCCAAAUGAAAAUUCCGUAUUUAACGUACUCCAUUCUAAGGAAUUACGAACAUUUUAUUUUUGCUCUUCGAGAUCUACGGGGAACAAAUAUCAAACUCGAUGUUAUCUCGAACUCGAAUGUGUAACGCAAAUUUAACGAUACUCGCAAAUAAGGAUCUCUUAAUAAUGAAAAAAAAAAAAAAAAGAAAAAAAGCAAAAAAUGAAAAAAAAAAAAAAAAAAAAAAGACAAAAAAAACCAAGAAAGAAAGAAUAAAAA